CUCAAUGCCCGGUUUGCUGGGAUAGUUCGGAAUCUUUGGAGCAUCUGUUCCUUUAUUGUUCGGUGGCCCGGGCCCUCUGGGAUUACUCAGGGUUGGACUAUCUGGGUGAGGGAUUGCCUCGUCAAACGUUUCCUUUGUUCCUCAAAAAGCUAUUGACCUUGAUCAAUCAACCAACUGUGUUUAUGGCGGUGGUUGCCAUCCUCUGGCGGAUCUGGCGGUCUCGGAAUUGGGUGGUUUUCGAGGAAAAACAAUUUGGGAUCCAAGUGUUGAUGCGCCAGUUCGUUCAGCAAUAUGAGGAAUGGAUUCGGUUGCCUGCCCGUUCCAUCUCGCAAGGCCCUCCUCCUAGCUCAGAUCGAGCGAACACUGACAGUGACCCGCGUAUGAUCUGUCGGUGGGACGGGGCCACCAGGAGGGGGUCUCACUCGGCUGGGGGCAUGGUCCUGGUGUAUCCUACAGGUGGGAUCAGUUUGGCUGCAGGUGUGCAAUUCCCAGUUAUUGAUGACCCGAUGGUUGUGGAGCUGUUGGUGCUUAGGGAGGCGGUGAUUUGGUGUAGCGGGCUGGGGCUUACUGAUGUGAGGUUUGAAGGUGAUGCCAAAGUCAUUAUUGAUAAGCUCAAUCGGGGGGACCUUGGAGAUAAGAGGAUGGGUGCUGUUCUUGAAGAAAUUUAUAAUUGUCUCCAGACCCAGUCAGGUUAUAGUGUUCGGUUUGUAGGUUGGCGUAGUAAUAGGGUAGCCCAUAUGGUGGCUAGAAAAGCCCUUUCUCUGUACUCCACCAUUAGCCGUUCCUUUGAUUUCCAGACCUGGCUGAAUUCCAGGGUGUAACUGUCUAUUUUGUGAAUCAAUAUAAGACUAGCUUUUACCCGACCCGUUGGUCGGAUGAAUUUUUUUUAAAGGUUUGAUGUUAAUUAAUUAUUUCAUAUUUUUAAAUAAUUUGGGAUUGUUUAAAUUAUGUAUUGACAAUUCAAAAAUAAAAUUUGUGCUAUUUCUCAAUUGUGACAUUAGUGAUAAUUAGUUCAUAUAUAUUUGUGUUGAUUAGGUCAUCCUUAGAUUAAAACUAUCUAUAUUUUUAUUUCCAUAUUUCAUAAGAAAUUUGCACUUCUUAU